UAUUGUGGAUAUAGUGCAGGGAGAGCGCGCGCGCCGCGCUGUGUUUUCAAAGAUAUACCUAAGUAUACCUAUUAUAGUACUUAGUAUGGCGGAAGCAUCAGUAUCAGAGAGUGGAAUGAACAAGGAAGAACAGGAUAUUAAAGAUAUCCUUAAAGAGCAAGAAAGAUUAAGCCACGAAGAAUUGGUUAAAUUGACGAAAGAAGCGAUCGCGAAUAUCAUCGAAAGUGAUCCUAUAUUCAGCAACUUGCCUUUAGAUCCUACGAUCGAUGAGAUAAGAGCCCAGAUUGCCGUUGCACGGGGACAGUCGAUCGAAUUGUUCUUAGAACGAGGACCUCUGCCAACAUUGUCAAUUGUGGUACCGUCUAAAAAUACCUCUGUACUGGAGCUUAAGAAAGCUGUAAAGCGGCAUACAAACUUAGCAUUGAAGAGGGAAAAAGUUACAAAGAAAAUCAGUUGGAAACACGUAUGGAAGAAAUACUAUCUCUCUUUUGACAAUGUUACGUUGGCAGAUGAUAAAGAGGACAUCAGAAACUAUGGCAUACGAAGCAAAGCUGUGCUAAAAUAUGUAAAAAGAAGAAGAGAAAAAAAUAGAGUUCAAUGAAUAUAUACUUAUAAAACUAAUACCAAAAGCAGUUUUGUAUAUAAAUGAAAAAUAAAUAUUUCGAGCUUCUGUUUUAGUAUUGUACUUUUUGCAUUUGCUAGACAGAAAAGAAUAACAAAAUGGAAGAUAAUUCAAUCAUUAAAUUACCUCAUCAUAUUCAAGAAAAUAUAUGCUCUACAAGACCAGUUUAUAGACAAGGAAAGAAAUAUACCGCUGUCAAAGUCUACACAAUAAGUGAUGAGUCGCAACACUUAAUUGUAUCUGGUGUCCCAAAAUUAAAUUUAAGACAAGAAUUAAAAAACAAAUGCUCUUGUUAUGGUAAUAUAAAAAAAUUAGAAGUCAUGCCAAAUUAUGAAUGCGAAGAUUUUACAGAAGCUUUUCAUGUUCAUUAUAGCAAGAUUCAGAGUGCUAGAAUUUUGAAACGUUUGCUUGAUGGUUUUAAUUUCUAUGGAGGUGUUCUUCAUAUUUGUUAUGCACCAGAAUUGGAGUCUGUAUCAGAAACAAAACAAAAAUUACUACAAAGACUGAAAUAUACAAAUUUUAAAAUCAAAAUAGAUAGUAAACAAAAAUAAUAGAAUAAACUUGGUAGUACAUUUAAUUAUAUUCAACUUGAAGAGAAUUAAAAUAAAAAAAGUAUAUUUUUAUGUAACAUAUUUUUAAUUUAUAAUAAAUAUAAGUUACAACACAG